UGAAAACAAUUCUUUUCGGGGAUGCAGUAGGACAGAAACAGGACUCAACAAUGACCACACCAAGGAUAAUGGUCUUCCGGCCGACUUGGGAAGAGUUUCAGGACUUUUCCGCGUACAUUAACUACAUGGAAUCGAAGGGAGCACAUAAGGCUGGACUAGUUAAGGUCGUCCCCCCGCCGGAAUGGGUCCCACGCAAGCAGGGGUACGAUAUAAAGGACAUCGAUAUUACCAUUCGCACGCCCAUCUCGCAAGUGGCGUCCGGUCGGCAGGGUAUCUACCAGCAGCUCAACAUUCAGAAGCGCUCGAUGACGGUACAAGAGUACUACGAGAAGACCAAGGAGGAUCGCCACUGCACGCCGAAGCACUUUGACUACGCGGACAUAGAGAAAAAGUUCUGGAAAAACAUAACGUACGUGGCGCCUAUCUAUGGGGCAGACGUGCCAGGCAGCAUCACCGAUCCGGAUGUGAAGGUGUGGAACAUUAACUGCCUCGGCACCAUUCUGGACUACGUGAACAUGGACUACAACAUUUCCAUUGCGGGCGUGAACACGGCCUAUCUGUACUUUGGAAUGUGGAAAACCACCUUCGCCUGGCACACGGAGGAUAUGGAUCUGUACUCGAUCAAUUAUUUGCACUUUGGGGCACCGAAAACGUGGUACGCGAUCCCGCCGGAGCACGGGAAGAAGCUAGAAAAGCUGGCCGAGCGUUACUUCCCGGCAAACUAUCAAGAGUGCAAAGCGUUCUUGCGCCACAAGAUGACACUGAUCAGCACACAGGUGCUGAAGGCGAACGGAAUUCCGUUCAACAAGAUCACCCAGGAGCCGGGUGAAAUCAUGAUCACCUUCCCGUACGGUUACCACGCCGGCUUUAAUCAUGGGUUUAACUGUGCCGAGUCGACCAACUUUGCCACGGAGCGGUGGAUCGAGUACGGCAAGCGUGCCUCCGUUUGCCGCUGCCAACCGGACAUGGUGAAAAUAUCGAUGGAAACGUUCGUGCGCCGUUUCCAGCCGGAGCAGUACGAGCCGUGGUUACGCGGCGAAGAUUAUGGUUACCACCCGGAAGAUCCCACCAACUAUUGUGCUGCUCCGAAGCCGAUGUUGCCCAAAAAUUUUAAAAGCAAAUGCCCGGAAACCACUAGUAUUGAGCAGAAACGGGGCUGCGCACCAGUGAAGAUGGACAAAAAGAAGAGCAUCAAGAAGUCGGGCGGCGAGAAAGCCAAAGAUAGACUGAAAUCCGUCUGGAGCAAGCUGGAGGGACGCGAGUGUGGCAUCGCCACCGACCUGCUAAUCGAUGGGCCCGUCCGAAACAGCAACAAGAUACGGUUCCACACUCGGACGAUCGAACUGAUCAACAACGACGCCGUAUAGAGUCGGCUGCACGAUUUAACUAAAUUAACUAACUAAGGAUGAGCUUCGAGAUUAGGUUGACCGCAAACCCUUCCGAAUCGCGUUGGUGAGGUUCACAUAGCACAUAGGAGCACCCAGUAAAGACCCUGCCCGUAUCCAUCGAUCCGGAUAUUAGCUAGAGAAUGUCGUUCUUUUGCCUAGUGAAAAUCCCUACGCUUUUAGUGACUGCAGAUCUCACCUCGGACUACGACCCACUCGCCAGAUCUGUAGGGCGUACUCGGAUUGAUAAUGAUUGUUUAAUAAUGAAGUAAAAAAAUUAAUUUAAAUUAGUAAACUCCUUAGCCAAGACAAUUCAAUGCUUCCGUUUGCGUUGAAUCAGAAUGAAGAAGGAAAGAUUAAGGUGCAAUCUUUAGGAAUAGAAGGUGUCUGGCGAUGCCACCGUGUCACUCCGGCCAGCGCCUUACUGCGUGUUGGGUUGUGGUUUUUUGUGUAUGUUGAUUAAAGUAUCCUAGGUUCAGUUUUUAACCAAUGUAGGCAACUACCAAUGCGGGCACGUAUCCUGCUUCCGGAUACAAAG